AUGCAAGCUACCGCCGAGCGCGAUACCGAGGGAAGAAUAAAUCAUCCUAUGAUCGCUGUCACUCCUAGUCGUAUUCCUAAGACCAUCAAUGAGCAAGCUCUUCAGUAGGUUGUUCACAACAUCGCGGAAGAAACCAAAUGGUUUCUGGAAGUUUUCGAUUAUAACGUUAUUAACCAGAUAUAUGUCUGUGCCGGUGAUGUGAGUUUGUUAUCGUUCAUUUGCUCUCAUAUCUAUUGACAUGCCGUCAGUUACGCGCUCUCGGCUGCCUCACCAUUGUGCUCAACUUCCCCAAAGUGCAGAAAAUUGACAUUCAGGUCCUCGCCGAUCACCCCCAG